AUGGAGGCGCCAAUUGAGCCCCAGCAUUCAAGUCUCAAGGAAGAAACCGAUUCGAGCCUGUUAAACGAAACGGCCGCAGCGUACCCGGCACAUCCAGACCCGGUAGAUUCAGAGAAACAAUCGGAGCACAGCGAUCAGGGCAGUCUUAAAGAAAGCAUGCAGAUUACGGCGCAAGACAGUGGAUAUAACUCUUCUGGCUCUUCAGGACAUCAAUCUCCGGUCGAAACCCCGAUUGGCAGAGUGGAAGAUGGCGAGCUCAGUCGGACACGCUCUAGGGCAUCUAGCCGUACUUCGAUCUCCUCUAUUCCCGCUUCAACAUUAACGAAUCUACCGGACGAAACGAAACAGGCAACUAUGCUCGAGGGACAGGACUACAUGACACAACCUUGGAAUCAUCAUGCGCCUCGGACCAUUCAUACGAUCCGACAGCGCGAAGCUACUUUUCGGAAACUUAGCUCAGUAAGGUUAAUGCAGAUGCAUACAGAAGAUGAAGGUGAUGAUGAUUACCACCUAACACCGCCCAGACGCCGGGGUAGCCAGCGCGUCUCCGACAUAUCCAUUCGCUCUGCCGGUUCCUCGCCGUUCAAGAGAUCCCCGUUCUAUUCUCCAACGGGAGCAAUUGCGAAGCCUAAAGCCAAGAAGGAAUAUCAACUUGUUCUUCUUCACUGUACUCUGCUGUCACCAUCGCUCCCAGUGCCAGGGUUGAUCGGACACCCGAAACGACAGGAUAUUCUGAGAGAGGUUUUACCUCUAGUGUACUGGAAGAGAUGGAAGUUGCUCGAGGAAAAGAUCGGCUCGGGGGUCCUUCGCGAACGCGGUGUUCUCAUUUCUCAUCCAGAAGACGGGUAUGAUCUGCUUGAAGAGCGACUAUUAGAAAGCUUGGAACUGCAGCACCCGCGACUCGAUCAUGGUCACUUCAUCGGACGUGGCGAAACCGAGUCAGAUGAUGAAGACCGCUUGGCAAUGGAGGACAGCAGCACAGAAGACGAAGGAGAAGAAUGUCCGGAUUGCGGGGGCCGGGUUGUGAGGCAGAAUACGACCCGAAAAUGGGAGGUCAAAGUGUUCGCCGCCAAUGGAUUGAUGAGGGCAGGUGCUUGGGCCGCGGCCUGGAAAGAGAUGGAGAAGGUCGAUGUGGAGGUUGGGCUGUGGCUGCCGCCCGACGUUCGAGCAGAUCUGGAGAAACGACUGGCCGAGGACUUGUCCCACGUUGACAACGGUCUUCCUAUUGCCUUGCUGCAGGAACCGGAGAAUAUACCAGUGGAGCCUUCGGUUCGUGCUCUCACACCGGGUCCUCUAAAAGCCGAUACGCCCCUUCAGGUUACUCAAGCCCAUGACGGAGAUCUCCCGCCAGCAUCCCCUGACGAUACCACCACCAGGCCGCAAGAUAAUCAGAAGUGGGACCAGUACACGCCAAGGCUGUCAGACGACAUUGAUCUACAGACACUGCUGGUGAACUAUAUCCGUAUCCUGGCCAGUGACCGACGAAAUAUUACCAUUGUCUUUCUCAGCGUCUUGGUCUUUUUCGUGGGCAUUAACUCUGGAUCAGCCUCGCAUGAGUCAAAUUUGCGGCCCUUUCCCUCUUACAUACCAGAGUAUACUAGUUCGCCCGUGGUUUCACUGCAGCAGUCUGCCACCCAAACGUGGACGGAGAAGACGAGUUCUCAAACUUUAUCUGUUGCAACCCCAGAUUCAACGGUAAUACUUGCAUCUACUGGCGCCACUGAAUCAUUUAUGGGCCUUGACCACGUUUCAGUUGCCCCGGUGGAGCCUUCUAUGGCUGUACUGGAGGCGGUGCUGCCAUCCGAAACUGACGCCGCGCCUGUUAGAAGCGCAGAGGUUAUCUCGGAGAAGCAAGAGGAGCCGCAGCUCAGUGAGUUUGAUGAAAAGGCGCUACCAGAAUUGGAUGCUGAGACACCUCCUGUGGAAGAUACCAGCCCCGAUUCAGAGGAACAAGGGCAGUCGGCGUUUCCCAGCGAUAUCGCGUCCGAUGGACUUCCACCAAUGGAAAUCGCUAAUUUCGAGGAUUCCUUCACAGAAAAUACUGAACCUCUCUCCGAGGAGCACGAGGAACCGGCUCAACCCAAUGGUUUCAAACGAGAGGAGCUACUAGAAGGUGAUACCCUCCUCGUGGAAGAUACUCAUCCUGUCUCUGAAGAACAAGAGCAGUCAGAUCAUCUUGGCGAGGGUAUCACAGAUGGACUAUCACCACCGGAGAUGGAUAACCUCUCUAUUCAGAGCUCUGAAUCCACCUCAGAGAAACAAGAACACACAGCACUGCUCGGUGAGAAUGAGCCAGAGAAGCAUUUGUCAGCUGCAGAGGAAACCUCGUCGUUUGACUACGUUCACCAUAACGCCAAAGAAGAGCCUUCUCAACCCAGCGAGACGACACUAGCUGAGCCUCUGGGCACAAAAUUGAUAGUCGAGGAUGGCGGCGAGGACCAGACCUUACUCGCUAGUGAUGACCACAACCAGAACGAGGCCGACGUCUUCGCACACCAGAAUGACCAUCAUGAAUUAACUUUACCAAACGAACAUAACGACAACGAGAAACAUGAUCUGUGA